UGCCUUUCAAAAUUUCUUAGUGAAAACGAAGAGAUUUUAAAACUAAAAACAACGUCCCUCAAGCUAUGUAAAUUAAGUAACAUGAGUAAAAGUACCAGGAGAAUACAGUACCGAGAAGACGACAACAGCACAUGUGUUCAUUGGCGUCAGUCAUCGCCAUGACCUUCCGGUCAAAAACAGAUCAACAACAACAAGGAGGCAGUAAACAGUUUUCAGCUGUUAGUGUCGAAUUGGCCGGGUGAAAUUUACAAAUAAGAGGGAAUUUACGGAAUGAAGUGCAUAUUUGAACUUGUAAAUAAUAAUAAUUGCUAGAAUUGAAGUUUCAGCGGCUAGAAUUGAGUUUCACUUAUUUAAAGAAAAUCAGUUGAGUAGCCUUGAUCUUGAUAGUAUGACGUAAUGACUUGCAGGAGCGUAUACAUGCUUCCUCUGAGCUGGCUUAAAGUGGGGUUGUCAUUUUAGCAGGGGCCUCAGAAAAAGUGGAAUAGUGAAAAAACGGUGUGUGGUUACAGACUUUUGUGUGAGGUUUUGAAAGUUAGGUAGGCGACUCUAGGCCGAGAAGCUCAGAAAACUGUUUACUGCCUCCUUAAGAGCAAAUCUUGAAAAUUUGUGUGUGGUUACAGACUUUUGUGUGAGGUUUUGAAAGUUAGGUAGGCGACUCUAGGCCGAGAAGCUCAGAAAACUGUUUACUGCCUCCCAACAACAACAACUUAUAUAGAUUAUAGAAUAUUUGGAGUAUUUGACGUUAUUGUUAAGAUAAACCCAGGUAGCAGCCCGGUUUGUAGACGCAAACUUCUAUCAUAAAAGAAGUACAUGUACAGAUACAAUCAUUAUGGAAAGUGAAAAUAGCACUAUGCUAGAAAUAAAGAAGGAAAAUGUUUCCCCAGACAGUGCUUGUACUGCCAAACAAGGAAUAAAGCACAAAGGUCAAAGCAUUUUAAAUGUACAGUUUGUGGUUACACAAGUAAUUUGAGCAUUAAACUGAAAAGACAUAUGAGAGUACACACAGGAGAGAAACUGCUCAAAUGUGAUUUUUGUGAUUUCGUAUGCAGUGAUAGUUUGGGCCUUAAGAGGCAUAAGGAAGUGCAUACAAAAGAAAAAAACUUUAAAUGUGAAGUUUGUAAGUAUGUAUUUACUAGCUCUUCAAACCUUAGGAGACAUACGACAAUACAUACAGGAGAGAAACCAUUUAAAUGUGAGGUUUGUGAUUAUGCAUGUAGUCGAAAUUGUAAUCUAAAGAAACAUAUGAAUAAACAUACAAGGGAGAAAUGCUUUAAAUGCCAUGUUUGUGGCUAUGCAUGUCUUGGAAGAUAUAGACUGGAGGUGCAUAUGAGAAUACAUUCAAGCGAGAAACUCCUCAAAUGUGACGUUUGUGAUUUUGUAUGCAGUGAUAGUUUGGGCUUAAAGAGGCAUAAGAAAGAGCAUACGAAGGAGAAAAUCGUCAAAUGUCCAGUUUGUGAUUAUGUAUCGGCUCAUCCCAUAUACCUUAAGAGACAUAUGUCAAUAUAUACAGGGGAGAAGCCAUAUACAUGUGAUGUUUGUGACUAUGCAUCUAGUCGAAAUUAUAGUCUAAAGAGACAUAUGAGUAAGCAUAGUAGAUCUACAUGGGGAAAAUGCUUUAAAUGGGAUGUUUGUGGUUAUGUAUGCCAUUCAAGAUCAAGAUUGAAGGUGCAUAUGAGAAUACAUACAGAAGAGAAAACUUUUAAAUGUGAUGUUUGUGACUAUGUGUGUAGAGAAAGACGUACGCAUUUGACAAAACAUAGUGAAGAAAAACUUUUUAAAUGUGAAGUUUCUAAUAAUUCAUCUUUUUCGUCCUCUAAUUUAAACAAACAUAUGAGAAUUCAUACAGGAGAGAAACCUUAUAAAUGCAGUGUUUGUGAUUAUGCAUGUAAUGUAAAGGGUAUCCUUAUUAUUCAUAUGAGAAAACAUACGGGAGAGAAACCUUUUAAAUGUGAUGUUUGUGAUUAUGCCUGUAGUGUUAAGUGUAACCUUACAAUGCAUAGGAGAAAACAUACAGGAGAUAAACGUUUUAGCUGUUAUAUUUGUGGUUAUGAAUGUAAUCAAAGUGGUAUUUUGAAGAGACAUAUGAAGGUACAUACAGGAGAGAAACAUUUCAAAUGUGAUGUUUGUGAUUAUGCAUGUAUCUCUAGUACUAGUCUGAAGAGACAUAUAAAGAUACAUACAGGAGAGAAACAUUUCAAAUGUGAAGUUUGCAGUUAUGCAUGUAAUGAUAGUACUAGUCUGAAGAGACAUAUGAAGAUACAUACAGGAGAGAAACAUUUCAAAUGUUAAGUCUUUACUAUGAAUGACAUGAAAGUGGUCAACUGAAGAGACAUAAUGAAGGUACAUACAGGAGAGAAACACCUCAAAUGUGAAUUUUGUGAUUAUGCAUGUAAUUCCUUUAAUUUGAAAGUACAUAUGAGAAUUCAUACAGGAGAUAAUAUUUUUAUGCACCCGAAGGGAGGCAUAUUAGUUUUCAGCUGUCCGUCCAUUCAUGAGUUCAUUCGUCACAACGUUAACUUUUUGCAUGAAGGCACUUUACUCACGAACCACUGCACCAAGGACCUUCAAAUUUCACAUGCUGAUAGUACUUAUUGAGUACACAUCCCCUUCUGACUUUUGGGUCACCAGGUCAAAGGUCAAGGUCACCAUGUCAAAGGUCAAGGCACUGCAGGGGCAUUUGUCACCAUUAGUGACAGCUCUUGUUGAAAUGUGAUUUUUGUGGUUUUGUUUGUAGAACACAAUGUCUUUUGAAAGUACAUAUGGGAAGACAUACAGGAGAGAAAUUCUUUAAAUGUGACAUUUGUAAUAUGCUUGUAAUUGCAGCAGUAAUCUGUAGAGACAUAUGAAAGAACAUGUUCUUUGAUAAAACACUAGAGAUUGUAAUUGUGGAAACCUAAGAUACAUUAGAAUUGACACAGAACAGAACUGUUUGCAUGUUGUUAUUAAGUUGGAACCUGAAGACAUACUGAGUAUACUAUACAGAUGAGAAUCGCUUUUAGAUGUGAUAUUUGUAGUUAUAUUAGUGGUACUUUGAAGAGUCAUGUGGGGAAACACAUAAGAGAAUGGCUCUGUAAAUGUGAUGUGUUUCAUUAACAGUCAUCUGAAAAUGUAUAUGAGAAGUCAUACUGCAGAGAAGUACUUCAGGGGUGUAGAAAUCUAAAUAUCACAAAAAAAUCCACUUUCCCGCAGUCAAAAUUUGCUUGUCCGGAUUUUCAACAUUAAAUGUUUCACUAUUUCGGGCAACUGUUUUUAUACGCCCAAAGGGACGUAUUAUGUUAUGACGCUGGUGUCUGUCUGUUUGUCCGUUAGCAAUUUCGUGUCGGCCCUAUAACUCUUGAACCCCUUGAAGGAUUUCAAAGAAACUUGGGAGAAAUGUUCACCACAGUGAGACGACUUGCAGAGCGCAUGUUUUGAUUGUCUCGCUUCAAGGUCACACUUAGGGGUCAAAGGUCAUAUCAGUUUGUUUCGUGUCCGCUCUGUAACUCUUGAACCCCUGGAAGGAUUUCAAAGAAACUUUACACAAAUGUUCACCACACCAAGAUGACAUGCAGAGCGCAUGUUCAGGAGGACUCACUUCAAGGUCAAGGUCACACUUAGGGGUCAAAAGUCAGAUCAGUUUGUUUCGUGUCCGCUCUGUAACUCUUGAACUGCUGGAAGGAUUUCAAAGAAACUUGGCAGAAAUGUUCACCACACUGAGACGACGUGCAGAGCAAAUGUUCCGGAUGACUCUCUUCAAGGUCAAGGUCACAACUAAGGGUCAAAGGUCAUAUAUGACUUUGCUUUGUGUAUAUUGCUAGAUGCAUUGCAGUACUCUUGUUUUUAUUUGGCAGAUCUCUUUUUUGUUCACUUACAAUAAAUUGUUUUUGAAUUACUUCCCAUUUAUGUUACUAUAGAUAGCUUAUUUUGAAACUUUUUAUUAUUGACCAUAGGGAAAAACAGAGACCACUUUUCUGUGGUACAAGAUGGAUGGUACUUCCAAUUUAUAGGUGUAUAAUGGGAUGUUAAGAGUUUUAUAGCUUUAAAACUUUUGCGUAAACCUUUAUCAGCCUUGUGUAAAAAAUUUUACUGCAUAGCUAGAGUUCAAGGAUUCAGUAAAUAAUUGCAUUACCGGUAGUUUCAUUCAAAAAUGAGGAAUUUGCACAGGUCUUAGGGUUUUGUAAUAAUUUAUGAUAACUGAAACAAGUUAUAUAAGUAUAAGCAAUAACUCAGAUGGGUUAUAAACUGUGAUAACUUGAAACAGUUACACCGGGGCUGACUGUCAAUAGACUUGUUUUCAUGUAAAUAUAAUUAUUAAAUAAUGGUAUCAGUUGGUGGCAAUCAUCCAGGUCCUUUCAAGCUUAAAUUUGAUUGGCUGUUUAUAAAAGAAUGUGUCUUUUAAUUGGUCAGUUUAAUCUAUUUGCAAAUCUUGAUCAUGCAGAAUGUUCAGCUAUUCAAGGAGUUGAGUUUAAGCAAAGAAGUAUAAAAAUUUAUUUUAUAGCUCUUUGGUUUAAGACACAAAACAAACAAGAUGUUCUAAAACGUUUCUGGCGUGUCUUGCCAGAAAAAAAAGGCAUAAAUGUGACUGAUACCUAAACAGCUUAUAGAAAGCUUAGAAGGAACAUUUCAAUUUCGACUUAAAUAAUGAAUUAAAGUUGAUUUCACUAGAACUGUUACUGUUACACGGGAUAUUCAAACACAUGUGUACAAAUUAGAGCUUUGUAAACAGUUUAUUGGAUUUUUGUUAUCUUUAUUGGGAAAAUUCAAAAUUAAACAUA